AUGGAUGUUUUGAAGAAAUACCAUGAAGAGUUACAGACAAUGUCCAUGCGGAGGAAUUUUUUUGAUGCAACGUUCAGAGGCAUUGGAACCACUGGAUGUGACCGACCAUCGGACCACCCCCUCCACCACCUUGUACGACUUAGCAUGCUUUUCAAUAUUAAAUUUAUACAUGACACAUUGCAAGUUCAUUCAAAUAAUGAAAUCCAAACACAUGUACCAAGUUUGGAAAAAAAUGGAAGAAAACACAACACAAAAAUAGUAGCAGGAAAUAAAACACUCAUGACAGAAGGGCCAGAAUUAGAAACCUGUAUUGUGUAUGGGGCUGCAGUCUCCAUGUGA